ACACACUUGGACAUUCGCGCCCUGGAGGAGAGUUCGCCCGACAGCCUGGAGAUGAGAGGACUCACGCUGAGCAACGUCUGCCAGUCCGGCUUGUUUACAUACCUUAUGCUGUUUUCUUUCGUGUCUUUCACCGCCGCCGUUAGUUUCGACCUGACUGAGCUUAGGAAUAAAGUUGCAAAAAUUAAAGUGAAUCCAAGAGGCAAUCUUUGGGCAACAGGACAUUUCAUGGGUAAGAAGAGCGUGGUGGACAGCCCGCUGCUGCCUUCAGCCGGGGACCAGGCGGCGGGAGCGCUGGAAGUUUCGCUCCCGGCGGAGCAGAGCGCGCUCCAGCAGCUCUUCCAGGAGUUCCUGCGCGUGGCUCUGCAGGCGCAGCUGGACACACAAGGGAGCCGCUCGAAAAACCAGGAGGCAAAUUUGUUGAUGAAGAUUUUAGAAAACUACAUCGAAAAUAAAAAGUGAUGAGGAGGCUGGAAACGUGGGCGCGCAUGGACACGGAUCCAAGAGCCAAUGUUUCGUGGGUCUCCUGCUCAUCAUGAUUGUAAUUCACUGUAACUUAUUGAUCUGCAGCCCAUACUCCACAUCUGCUGUAGUUUUUUUUCUCCCAAUACUUUGGAUGACUACACAUCACAUUGUCCUGUCGUUUAGUUAUUUAUAUUAAAUAAAACAUUGUUUUGCA